CAUCAUCAUCACCACCAAUUAAUUCUCGUUCGUUCCCACAUCGGAGGGAUGGAGGGAGGAGGGAGAGGGAUGAAGGAGGAAGAGGUAAAGGAAGUGGAGACGAAAUCCGGGAAUGGAAGCGGCGCGCCUCCGCCCAACCCAACCCAAAACGACGCCGCGGCUCCUGAUGCCCAGCUAUUCCAGCUCCUCUCCGGCCUUCUUCACCAGGUGGAAGCAUUGACCAACGAUGAGGAAGUCGAAUUGCGGUCCAAGAUUGAAGCACUUAGAUUAGAGGUGACAAAGGUUCCUUCAAGCUCGACUCGGCAUCUUGAUGAGCUGGAAAUAGCCAAAGAGUUGGACAAGCUGUCAACGAAGUUGGAUGAUGUGGAUGAGAUGAUAUCGUCAGCCAUAGCUUUGGAUCCGCACGUGCAGUCGCUCUUGAGUGGUACGGCUGAUAUAUGGAUGCCAGUGAUUACAGCGAGCGCUGAUGAGAGACGUAACUUUGCCGGACCUACUGGAGAAGGUGAUGCCAGAGAGAGUGAGAAGGCUCCUAUGUAGUUCUUGUAAAAUCAUGUCGACCAUUUGAAAGGCGGAAAAACAUUCAAUAGAGUUGUAUGGACAACCAAACACUUGUGCUCGUACUUGCACAAGCCAAUUAAAUAUUUCAAAAGCUGUCGCCUUCUUCAAUUCCAAACUAAUUUCAAUGCAUAACCUGUAUGAUAAGAAGAUAACAGAGGUAAUCCAGGGAUGGCCAUUUUGUUAA